AUGUCUGACCUUGGCCCGUUACACCAUUUUUUGGGCAUUACUAUUACUCGUUCAUCCUCAGGACUAUUUUUGUCUCAGUCGCUAUAUGCUCAGGACAUCAUUGCUCGUGCCUCCAUGAAAAAAUGCAACUCAGUGGAUACUCCGGUCGACACCAAUGCCAAGAUCAGUGUUACCUCUGGCCCUGCUAUUAUGGAUCCCACAUUGUACAGAAGCCUAGCCGGUGCUUUGCAGUACCUCACUUUCACACGAACAGAUAUAUCAUAUGCAGUCCAGCAGGUAUGUUUAUUCAUGCAUGAUCCUCGAGAGCCUGACAUGGAGGCCCUUAAGAGGAUUAUUCGCUAUCUUCAGGGCACCAUUGACCACAGAUUAUUUCUCUCCGUCUCCGCUAUCUCUGGCUUAACAACAUACUCUGAUGCUGAUUGGGCGAGUUGUCCUGACUCACGUCGUUCGCCUUCUGGCUUCUGUGUAUUUCUUAGCGACAACCUCUUCUCAUGGUCCUCAAAACGUCAAGCAACAGUUUCUCGAUCCAGUGCUGAAGCAGAAUACAGGGGGGUAGCAAACGCUGUAGCUGAAACAACAUGUCUUCGCAACCUUCUUCUAGAACUUCAUAUACCUCUAUGA